UCAUUUGUGUUCCAGGUAGCAAAAGAAUUUGGUUUUAGGAAUAACGGCUUCUCUGUGUACCUGAACAGAAACCGGACCGGAGAAAUCUCAGCGAGUCCAAGCAAGUCUCUUCAUCUGCUGAAAAUCAAACAUGGAGACAUGCUGUUCCUGUUCCCAUCCAGCACCGCCGGGCCGUCCUCUGAGGUCAUGGAUACGUCCGCAGGGAUCCAGGCCGGCCGAACGACAAGUGCGCCUCAAGUGGUGGAAGAUGACAUCGACCAAUACCUGAACAAGCAGGAAGGGAAGAUCUACCGGAACCGCGACCCCCAGCUGUGUCGGCACGGCCCUCUGGGAAAAUGUGUGCACUGCGUCCCCUUGGAGCCAUUCGAUGAGGAUUAUCUGAACCAUCUGGAGCCUCCAGUCAAACACAUGUCCUUCCAUGCGUACAUCCGGAAGCUGACAGGCGGGGCUGACAAAGGGAAAUUUGUGGCCUUGGAAAAUAUCAGCUGCAAGAUAAAAUCUGGCUGUGAAGGGCAUCCACCGUGGCCAGAGGGCAUCUGUACCAAAUGCCAGCCCAGCGCCAUCACCCUCAACCGACAGAAAUACCGACACGUCGACAACAUCAUGUUUGAGAAUCACACCAUCGCCGAUCGUUUCCUGGACUUCUGGCGCAAAACCGGCAAUCAGCGAAUCGGCUACCUGUAUGGGCGGUACACCGAGCACAAGGACAUCCCCCUGGGGAUCCGGGCCGAGGUGGCCGCCAUCUAUGAGCCCCCGCAGAUCGGAACGCAGAACAGCCUGGAACUGCUGGAUGAUCCGAAGGCGAAGGUGGUGGAUGAGAUUGCAGCCAAACUUGGAUUGAGAAAGGUUGGCUGGAUCUUCACAGACCUGGUAUCAGAAGACACCAGGAAAGGGACGGUCCGCUACAGCCGGAACAAGGAUGCGUAUUUCCUGAGCGCAGAAGAGUGCAUCACCGCCCCAUCUUCUUCCAGAACCAGCACCCCAACAUUUUGCCGCCUCUCACCGGACGGACACUUUGGCUCGAAGUUUGUGACUGUAGUGGCUACAGGCGGCCCUGAUAACCAAGUGCACUUUGAGGGGUACCAGGUGUCCAAUCAGUGUAUGGCGCUUGUACGGGAUGAGUGCCUCCUGCCGUGCAGAGAUGUCCCGGAGCUGGGAUACCCCAAAGAGUCGAGCAGCGAGCAGUACGUCCCCGACGUCUUCUAUAGGGACGUGGACAAGUUCGGUAAUGAAAUCACCCAGCUGGCCCGGCCUCUGCCUGUAGAGUAUUUGAUCAUCGAUAUCACCACCACCUUCCCUAAGGAUCCAGUCUAUACGUUUUCCACGUCAUCCAACUUGUUUCCCAUCGAAAACAGAGAAGCCUUGGGUGAAACUCAGGACUUUCACAGCCUGGCCACCUACCUGACCCAGAAUCCAUCCUCCGUUUUCCUGGAUAUCAUCUCAGACUUCCACCUACUCCUCUUCCUGGUCACCAAUGAUGUGAUGCCUCUACAGGACAGUAUCAGCCUGCUGCUGGAGGCGGUGAGGACCCGGAACGAGGAGCUGGCACAGACCUGGAAGAAGUCGGAGCAAUGGGCGACCAUCGAGCAGCUGUGCAGCACGGUUGGAGUCCCGCCGUCAGAGCUUCAGGAUUUCGGGGCUAUUGGGGGAUCAGCACACGCCGCCUCUUCCUCCUCCAUGUGGUCCUGUCUGCACUGCACCUUUAUGAACCAAGCCGGCACAGAUCACUGCGAGAUGUGCCAGCUUCCCCGAACCUAA